AUGAGGACAAAAAAUACCUUUCCCACUCUUUGGGAGGUAAAAUGCAGGACACAAUCAUCCCCCAGUCCCAUUUCUAGUUCAGCUGAACCAAAGACAACUCUCAAAUGGAAGAUCAGUAUUUUCAAUAGGUUGAAAAAAUUGGAUAGCGGGACAAAUAAAACCUAUAUUUGGGACAACUUGGUGGUGGCCACUGCGCAGACCAGACUUCGCUCGUUUUCGCGCGCCUCGCUCCGCUUUUCCUCCGCAACCACGUCUGACAAACCCGAUAUGGCUGAGAUCGAGAAAUUCGAUAAGUCGAAACUGAAGGAGAUAGAGACGCAAGAGAAAAAUCCACGGCCUUCCAAAGAAAUGAUUGAACAGGAGAAGCAAGCAGGCGAAUCGUAACGAGGCGUGCGCCGCCAAUAUGCACUGUACAUUCCACAAGCAUUGCCUUCUUAUUUUACUUCUUUUAGUUGUUUAACUUUGUAAGAUGCAAAGAGGUUGGAUCAAGUUUAAAUGACUGUGCUGCCCCUUUCACAUCAAAGAACUACUGACAAUGAAGGCCGCGCCCGCCUCUCUCAUCUGUCUAUCUGGCUGGCAGGGAAGGAAAGAACUUGCACGUUGGUGAAGGAAGAAGUGGGUUGGAAGAAGUGGGGUGGGACGACAGUGAAAUCUAGAGUAAAACCAAGCUGGCCCAAGGUGUCCUGCAGGCUGUAAUGCAGUUUAAUCAGAGUGCCAUUUUUGUUGUUGUUGUUGUUCAAAUGAUUUUAAUUAUUGGAAUGCACAAUUUUUUAAAUAUGCAAAUAAAAAGUUUAAAAACUUAAAAAA